AUGGAGAGGAGACCAUGGGUGGGGAACAGACAACAUGGCUGCCGUGCUGUGGCAGAGACUGGGUUAGGGCGUGCUGUGGCAGAGACUGGGUUAGGGCGUGCUGUGGCUGUGGCAGAGACUGGGUUAGGGCGUGCUGUGGCAGAGACUGGGUUAGGGCGUGCUGUGGCAGUAACAGAGACUGGGUUAGGGCGUGCUGUGGCAGAGACUGGGUUAGGGCGUGCUGUGGCUGUGGCAGAGACUGGGUUAGGGCGUGCUGUGGCAGUGACAGAGACUGGGUUAGGGCGUGCUGUGGCAGAGACUGGGUUAGGGCGUGCUGUGGCAGUAACAGAGACUGGGUUAGGGCGUGCUGUGGCAGAGACUGGGUUAGGGCGUGCUGUGGCAGUAACAGAGACUGGGUUAGGGCGUGCUGUGGCAGAGACUGGGUUAGGGCGUGCUGUGGCAGAGACUGGGUUAGGGCGUGCUGUGGCAGUGACUGGGUUAGGGCGUGCUGUGGCAGAGACUGGGUUAGGGCGUGCUGUGGCAGUAACAGAGACUGGGUUAGGGCGUGCUGUGGCUGUGGCAGAGACUGGGUUAGGGCGUGCUGUGGCUGUGGCAGAGACUGGGUUAGGGCGUGCUGUGGCAGAGACUGGGUUAGGGCGUGCUGUGGCAGAGACUGGGUUAGGGCGUGCUGUGGCAGAGACUGGGUUAGGGCGUGCUGUGGCAGAGACUGGGUUAGGGCGUGCUGUGGCUGUGGCAGAGACUGGGUUAGGGCGUGCUGUGGCUGUGGCAGAGACUGGGUUAGGGCGUGCUGUGGCAGAGACUGGGUUAGGGCGUGCUGUGGCAGAGACAGAGACUGGGUUAGGGCGUGCUGUGGCAGUGACUGGGUUAGGGCAUGCUGUGGCAGAGACUGGGUUAGGGCGUGCUGUGGCAGAGACUGGGUUAGGGCGUGCUGUGGCUGUGGCAGAGACUGGGUUAGGGCGUGCUGUGGCAGUAACAGAGACUGGGUUAGGGCGUGCUGUGGCAGAGACUGGGUUAGGGCGUGCUGUGGCAGAGACUGGGUUAGGGCGUGCUGUGGCAGAGACUGGGUUAGGGCGUGCUGUGGCAGAGACUGUUGUGGCAGAGACUGGGUUAGGGCGUGCUGUGGCUGUGGCAGAGACUGGGUUAGGGCGUGCUGUGGCAGUAACAGAGACUGGGUUAGGGCGUGCUGUGGCUGAGACUGGGUUAGGGCGUGCUGUGGCAGUGGCAGAGACUGGGUUAGGGCGUGCUGUGGCAGAAACUGGGUUAGGGCGUGCUGUGGCAGUAACAGAGACUGGGUUAGGGCGUGCUGUGGCAGUGACUGGGUUAGGGCGUGCUGUGGCAGAGACUGGGUUAGGGCGUGCUGUGGCAGUGGCAGAGACUGGGUUAGGGCGUGCUGUGGCAGAGACUGGGUUAGGGCGUGCUGUGGCAGAGACAGAGACUGGGUUAGGGUGUGCUGUGGCAGAGACUGGGUUAGGGCGUGCUGUGGCUGUGGCAGAGACUGGGUUAGGGCGUGCUGUGGCAGUGACUGGGUUAGGGCGUGCUGUGGCAGAGACAGUGACUGGGUUAGGGCGUGCUGUGGCAGAGACUGGGUUAGGGCGUGCUGUGGCAGAGACUGGGUUAGGGCGUGCUGUGGCUGUGACAGAGACUGGGUUAGGGCGUGCUGUGGCAGAGACUGGGUUAGGGUGUGCUGUGGCAGAGACUGGGUUAGGGCGUGCUGUGGCAGAGACUGGGUUAGGGCGUGCUGUGGCAGUGGCAGAGACUGGGUUAGGGCGUGCUGUGGCAGAGACUGGGUUAGGGCGUGCUGUGGCAGUAACAGAGACUGGGUUAGGGCGUGCUGUGGCAGUAACAGAGACUGGGUUAGGGCGUGCUGUGGCAGUGACUGGGUUAGGGCGUGCUGUGGCAGUAACAGAGACUGGGUUAGGGCGUGCUGUGGCAGAGACUGGGUUAGGGCGUGCUGUGGCAGAGACUGGGUUAGGGCGUGCUGUGGCAGAGACAGUGACUGGGUUAGGGCGUGCUGUGGCAGAGACAGUGACUGGGUUAGGGCGUGCUGUGGCAGAGACUGGGUUAGGGCGUGCUGUGGCAGAGACUGGGUUAGGGGCGUGCUGUGGCAGAGACUGGGUUAGGGCGUGCUGUGGCAGAGACUGGGUUAGGGCGUGCUGUGGCAGUGACAGAGACUGGGUUAGGGCGUGCUGUGGCAGAGACUGGGUUAGGGCGUGCUGUGGCAGAGACUGGGUUAGGGCGUGCUGUGGCAGUGACUGGGUUAGGGCGUGCUGAGGCAGAGACUGGGUUAGGGCGUGCUGUGGCAGAGACUGGGUUAGGGCGUGCUGUGGCAGAGACUGGGUUAGGGCGUGCUGUGGCAGUAACAGAGACUGG